AUGUUAUUACGCACUUGGUCACGUCUUCAUAGCUCUGGAUCUCGUCGUUUCUCCACUCGAUGGUUUGGUAUUGAUUCUGAAUACAUUUCUAUGCGUGGAUUGGGUAUUGCUAAACGUGUAUUCAAUGAAUUACCUCAUUUCAUGCGUCAAUGUCAUGAGAAUCCACGCAUUUUUACGACUGGAUUGUCUGAUGAAGUACGUAGUUCGAUGUUUGUGUUGUUACAAUUUCCAUCAAAAACAAGAAUCGAUCUUCUCGAAUUUGUACAAGGCGCAGAGCAAGUGGCUCAUACAGUGCUACAAAGUCUUUAUACGUCGAAUUUCAAGAUGACCAAGACAUUUUUAGAGCAAUUCGCGACACCUCAAAGUCUUGAGAUAUUGCUAAAUAAACCAUCUCUAGCUUUACAAGGAGAGAAUUGUAUGCAUGUCAAGCUGGAACAGUUAGAUAUAAGUACUGCGACAUUGGAAGCUGUGGAGUACACGCGGGAAAGAUUUGUGGAAGAUAUCAAGAGCGAAUGGCUUACAAUUCGAGUGCAAUAUGAUGUCACGGAACACUUGCUGAUUUCAUCAGAAGAUAGAGAAAGUAUUGAAGACCGCCGUGUGAUUAAUACGCAAUUUGUCUGGACAUUUGAAGCGGAUGUCACGGAGCCAAAUGAAAAAGAAAAUCAAGAUCGACUUUUCAGAUCAAGUUUUCGUGCUCCGAAAUGA